AAAAGUCACGCCUGAGCACUGCGGCAGCCACCGAGCAAGAACGAGACCAGAUUUACAUACUCGCCCCGAGGGUUUAAAUGCGUGGGUGAGAUCGAGGUGAACUGUGACUCACCGCGACGGCUUAGCAACCUCAGGAGUACCGAGAAGGAUUCGUCAGUGUCGUGCUGUCCCGCGCCUUAAACACCAACAUUCCUGCAACAGGUAAGUUUCAUUCCUCUUCUGCAUGGAGCUGCUCGGAGCGCGCGCUCGGUGAGAGUUCAACUGCACUCAGACCGCACACGUUUGGAGCUUAGCACACAAAAAAACACAGAAGAAGAUACAACCCAAGCAGUGAUGCCAUCCAACAAGUAUUCCUCCGCUAUCAUGGCGGAAAGUGACAAGAUGACAGCCACGGCUGCUGUAAAUGGUGACAUGUCCACAGUGGAGGGUUUGUCAGAGAAUGACAGCGGACUGGAGAUGACCAAUGAGAAUAGCCCCUUAACCGGGGCAGAACCACCUUCACCAUUUAGCCCUAAACAGAAUGGGGGCGCAGCAUCACCUGCAGAUGAGAGUGUGAACAGCCUGAGGAAGAGAUCUCGGAAGCGUUCUGAAACAGAUUACGAGACUGUCUGGCACUCACGCAGUGAGGAAAAGUCUGAUCUGGGUUCAGGCCAUGAUUCCGGUCUUAGAAAGACCCCUCGUCCCAGGACUAUCUUCCAGGCUGGACUAACAGCUCAGACAAAACCCCGAAACAGAGAGAGGGGUCGUGACAAGCAGGAGCCUAGCAGUCUGGUUCAUAGUCUUCCUGAAGGUCCCCAGCUGGAGCUGUUGGAGCAGGACUCUAAAGACUCAGCUCAAAGCAGCGCUACAUCCAUCUCGACUACCGACACUGCCAGCCAGCCUGAAUACAAUGACAAUAAGGGCUUUGGAAUCGGGGAGCUGGUGUGGGGCAAAAUUAAGGGUUUUUCAUGGUGGCCUGGCAUGGUGGUGACCUGGAGAGCCACGGGGAAAAGACAGGCAUCGCAUGGCAUGCGCUGGCUCCAGUGGUUUGGUGAUGGCAAGUUCUCUGAGGUGUCUGCCGACAAACUGGACUCCAUCACAGCCUUCUCCAAGUUCUUUAAUCAGUCCUCUUACACCAAACUGGCUUCCUACCGCAGAGCCAUAUUCCAGGCCCUGGAGAUGGCUAGCAUACGUGCUGAGAAGACGUUUCCUCUGUGUGACUCAGAUCAUCCAGAGGACCAGGUGAAGCCCAUGCUGGACUGGGCUCACAGCGGCUUCCUGCCCAAGGGCAAGGAUGGCCUCAAACCCAAAGAGAACUCCCCUGAGUGCUGUUUGUUCCCAGCAGCUCCGGAGAGCUCAACGCUGCAGGCUAAACUUCUUGAGUACAAUCCACCGGAGCUUGCACCAUCCGCCAAGAGGGCCCGACUCAGCAUGUGCAAAGCCAAGUCAGCCAGUGAGGACAUCUACAGCAGAGAACAAAUGGUUCAUGAAGUCUUAAAGAAUCACAGAAGUAUAGAAGAGUUCUGCCUGUCUUGUGGCAAGACAAGAGCAGCAACCUUCCACCCCCUGUUUGAAGGAGGCCUUUGUCAAACAUGCAAGGAUGUGUAUUUAGAGAUCUCCUACAUGUAUGAUGACGAUGGCUAUCAGUCGUACUGCACGGUGUGCUGUGGAGGCCGAGAAGUGCUACUUUGUGGCAAUGCCAACUGCUGCAGGUGUUUCUGUGUGGACUGUUUGGACCUGUUGGUGGGUGCAGGAGCGUCGAACAGUGCACGGGAUUUGGACCCAUGGCUGUGUUAUAUGUGUCAGCCGUUGCAGCAGUAUGGCGUGCUGAAAAGACGUCACGACUGGAGCCUUAAACUGCAGGAGUUCUUUGUCAAUGACAAUGGACAGGAGUUUGAAAGCCCCCAAAUUUUCCCAGCAGUCCCAGCAGAGCAAAGGCGUCCAAUUAGAGUUCUGUCACUGUUUGAUGGCAUCGCCACAGGCUAUCUGGUGCUGAAGGAUUUGGGCUUUAAGAUUGAUGCAUACAUUGCCUCAGAGGUGUGCGAGGACUCCAUAUCCGUGGGAGUCGUCCGACAUGAAGGAAAAAUCCAAUAUGUGAACGAUGUUCGAAAUAUCACCCGGAAAAAUAUUGCAGAGUGGGGACCGUUCGACUUGGUGAUUGGUGGAAGCCCAUGUAAUGAUCUGUCAAUUGUCAAUCCAGCCAGGAAGGGCCUUUAUGAAGGGACUGGCCGUCUGUUCUUUGAGUUCUAUCGCCUGCUGAGCGAAGCAAAGCCAAAAGAUGGAGAGGUCCGGCCCUUCUUCUGGAUGUUUGAGAACGUGGUUGCAAUGGGCGUCAAUGAUAAACGGGACAUUUCCCGCUUCCUUGAGUGUAAUCCAGUGAUGAUUGAUGCUAUUGAAGUGUCAGCUGCUCAUAGAGCACGGUAUUUCUGGGGCAACCUGCCAGGAAUGAAUAGGCCUCUCUGUGCCUCUGGCAUGGAUAAGCUGGAACUACAGGACUGCCUGGAGCAUGGCCGAGUUGCGAAGUUUGGAAAGGUGCGUACCAUCACAACCCGGUCCAACUCCAUCAAGCAGGGUAAAGACCAGCAUUUCCCUGUCAUCAUGAAUGGCAAAGAGGACAUACUAUGGUGCACAGAGCUUGAGAGGAUUUUUGGGUUCCCUGUCCACUACACAGAUGUGUCCAACAUGGGACGCGGUGCCAGACAGAAACUGCUAGGUCGCUCAUGGAGCGUGCCAGUCAUCCGACAUCUCUUUGCACCUCUGAAGGACUACUUUGCCUGUGAAUAACAGCCAAAAAGGUGUCCAAUCCAUUAAAGCCAAUGUCACACUGGCUUAAUACCUACAGCAACAGAGCACCAAAUGGCUUCACAAGACAUAGGUGAACUUGUGAGUUUUAGUUGUUUUUGUCUCAUUGGAGACCCAAGCACAAUUUUGUCCAGCAGGUGAUGCUGUUGCUUUGAGCCAACAAGUCUCCUAUAUGGUUUUUAAGGGCCUACUUGAGGUAGGACAAGAGGCUGUUUUACUAACUGAUGACCAUACACCUUCAAACUCAAAACAUUUUACACAAAAGUACUUGAUUUUUUCAGGAUCUUGUUUCUCUUGAUGAUGCCUUUUCUACCUUGAUGGACGGAAAUGCUGGUGGACAGGUUUAAAGAUCUCACCUUGAUAAACAAAGCUGACAUUCUGGCGAGGAUUAACAUUAUAUAUCACUUAUAUCUCAUUAUAUCACAAAAUCUGUGUACUGAGAUCCCAUGUUUUUCUGUGAGGUAUGUGCCAUCAAAAUCUACAUUACAAUAGUUGAGUUUUUUUUUUAACUGUUCUAUAAUUUUAUAUAU